CCUGCGUCUUGACGUCAUUUAGAGGCGCCCAAACAAGGUUGGCGCCAACCUAGAGAGAGAGAGAGAGAGGGGGCGAGUUCAUAUGGGAAAGCUGGAGAGCAAAAUUUAAGAGUUCUAAAGUAACGAUGGACAUAAGAAAAUUCUUUGGGGUGCAGCCAAAAAAAUCCACAAGUGAACCAGCAACAAGUGGUAAAUCAAAGGAAAAUGAGGAAAAGAAGAAGACACGUACAAAUGGAAAUGCUGGCUCUAAGGUAAAAAGUCCUAAUAUUAGUGAUGAUUCAUCUGUGAAAAAGAAACAACCUUCAAAAAAGAAGAAAAGAAACAUUAUUGACUCAGAUUCUGAAGAAGAAGUUCAGUUACCCCCCAAGAAGCACAAGAAAUCAAGCAUAACCUCUCCAAAAGAUUCACAGUGUUCCAAACAAUCAUCCCAUUUUUCUAAAAAACAUCAAGUUCAGUAUGUCUCUGAAACAGGUAAGAAUACUCAAUGACUGGUUGCUUAAUUA